CGGGCCGGGCGGCGGCGCAAAAUGGCGGACAGGUUCUCCCGCUUCAACGAGGACAGGGACUUCCAGGGCAAUCACUUUGACCAAUAUGAAGAAGGGCACCUGGAGAUAGAGCAGGCGUCUCUAGACAAGCCCAUAGAAUCGCAGUUGGCCCAUAUUAGCUAAGCAGCCAUGAUCUGCCCAGUUUUUAAAGCCAGGAUAAUAUUGGACACCGCUUACUCCAGAAACAUGGGUGGAAGCUGGGCCAGGGAUUGGGAAAGUCACUGCAGGCGUUAUGAUCCUGGACUUGUUGUGGUGAUGGUAAACUUAGCAGUGGGAGGACGGAUCCCAUCCCUAUCGUCGUCAAGUACGAUGUCAUGGGCAUGGGGCGGAUGGAGAUGGAGCUCGACUACGCCGAAGAUGCCACUGAGCGGAGGCGUGUACUGGAGGUGGAGAAAGAAGACACGGAGGAGCUGAGGCAGAAAUACAAGGAUUACGUUGAUAAGGAAAAAGCAAUUGCCAAGGCUUUGGAAGACCUCCGAGCAAACUUCUACUGUGAACUCUGUGACAAGCAGUAUCAAAAGCAUCAGGAGUUUGACAACCACAUAAACUCUUACGAUCACGCUCACAAGCAGAGGUUGAAAGAUCUCAAGCAGAGGGAAUUUGCUCGCAAUGUCUCUUCGAGAUCACGGAAAGAUGAAAGGAAGCAGGAGAAAGCCCUCCGGCGUCUACACGAACUGGCGGAGCAGAGGAGGCAGCCUGAAUGCGCUCCUGGCAGCGGCCCCAUGUUCAGAACCACCACGGUGGCUGUGGAUGAGGAAGGUGGAGAGGAGGAUGAUUCUGCAGCCAACAGCAGCUCUUUCAUCCAGACGACUUCUGGCCAAGGUACAGACAUGACUAUGGACAGAGGUUUCCUAAACACUGGACAAGUCGGUGGCACUGUUACGCCAAGCCAGAUGCCCAUCCAGACGGCGCAAGCAAUCAGCUUUGGCAUUAAGAGUACUUUGGGAACGCCACUGCAGAAGAUUGGCGUGUCCUUUUCCUUUGCCAAGAAGACGCCGGUAAAGCUUGAGACCAUCGCUUCUGUUUUCAAGGACCACGGGGAAGAAUCGAGUUCUGCAGAUGGAGCAAAAGGUGAUGAGAGAGGGUCCUCGGACGCAGGGAGCCUGCAGAAAUCUGGCGAGGGCGAUAGCACAAAUAAUUCCGACAGCAAGGCGGAGGAAGAUGACCAACAUGACAAAGAUAGCGGGUCCCUAGCCACCACGUUAUCAAAACUCAAAAAGAUGAGACGAGAAGACGGACCAAUGGCAGUUGAACCAGAAUACUACCACUAUAUUCCCCCAGCCCAUUGUAAAGUAAAGCCUAAUUUUCAAUUCCUGCUUUUCAUGAAGUCUACCGAACAAAUGGAAGCUGAAAAUGUGAACAAAAAAAACACGCAUGAAGUAAAAAAGGGCAGUUCUCCCAAACCCAAACCCGGCAAGCACGCGGAGAAGGCUGCUGAGAGCGCGGGGCCGCAGAAGGAGCAGAGCACUACUGAAACUGCAGCUCAGCAGAGCAAAACACAACUAAAGGAAGCCCCGGAAAACACGAGUGUGCAGGAGAGCAAGCGUCUGACAGAGAGCGAUCUCCCUGAGCCAGACACUACUAAAGAAGCUGCUCAGCCUGUCCCAAGCUGCAAAGAUGUCACUGAAGGACCAAAGCAUCCGACGGGACCUUUUUUCCCCGUUCUGAGUAAAGAUGAGAGCACGACUCUCCAGUGGCCUUCAGAGCUUCUCAUAUUUACCAAAGCGGAACCGUCGGUUUCAUACAGUUGUAACCCCCUGUAUUUUGACUUCAAGCUCUCUCGUAACAAAGAUGCUAAAGGUAAAGGGGCAGAGAAAUCGAAGGAUCCGGGGGGUCUUUGUAAAGAAAACGUUCAGAGCACAGAAUCCGGCGAGAUAAGCAAAGCCAAGGAGGCAGAAAGCGCGGCCAACAGUUCUGCUCUAAAAAUGGAAAACAAAUCUCUGUCCGCCUGUGGCUCCCUGAACAAGCAGGAGCCCGGUUUGACAAGCGUUAGUAAGGAAGAGGGAGAGGAGAGCAGUAAAAGCCUAACCGGUAAGAGUAAAUCCGGAAGAUCCCAUAAACACAAAAAGAAAAAGAAGCACAAAAAGUCCAGCAAACACAAACGGAAACACAAGGAGGAAGCGGAUGAGAAGAGCCGAAAAACUGACCUGGGGGAAGAGAAACCCAAGAAACGGAAAAGACACAGGCACAAAAAAGGCAAAUCCUCUCUGUCUGCUGAAUCGGAACGGGCGCUGAAAACUGAACUGUCUGAAGACUGUGGCCACUUCCAGAAGAAAAAAUGGUGCUCUCAGGAGUCCCAGAGGAAGUCUCUGUCUGCCGAAGAGGGAAGCAGCGGUAAAAAAGAGGACGGUGGUAACUCCUGCCAAGAGCACGGCAGCAAAAAACACAAGGCCGACCUGCAGCAGUUAUCUGCUGCGAGGAGACGGUGUUCGGCUCCUUCCCUGGGCAGGGCCAGCCGCAGGAGCCGGCAGAGCAGCGGGGACUACGACAGCGACGAGGGCUCUCACAGGAAGCACUGCCGGCAGAAAUCCCCCUCGCAGUACAGCGACGACUACGACUCCGGCAGCGACCACUCCAGGAGCCGCUCCAGGUCGGGGCGGAGGCACUCCUCCCGCAGGUCCUAUUCCACCAGCUCCGAUGCUUCCUCCGACCACAGCCGCUACAGCCAUCGGAGAAGUUACUCGGAUGAUAGCUACAGUGAUUACAGUGACCGCUCAAGGUGCCAUUCGAAGCGGUCCCACGACUCGGAGGAUGACUCCGACUACAACAGCUCCAAUCACAGAUCAAAGCGGCGCAAGUACUCCUCUUCCGACGAUGACUACAGCUCGAGCAGGAGCAGGUCGAGGAGUCGAAGCAGGAGCCGAACCAACCCUCGAAGCAGGUCAAGAACAAGGAGCCGGGGCAGAACACGCAGCAGCAGCUGCAGCCGCAGUCGGAGCAAGAGGAGAAGCCGAAGCGUCACGGGUCGCAGCUGGAAACGGAGCCGCAGCUAUAGCAGGGAUCGCAGCCGCAGCACGAGAAGCCACUCACAGAGGUCUCUCUCGCGAAAGGGCUCUCGAGGCCACGAGAGCCCCGAGGAGAGGAGGUCCGGGAGGAGAGACUUCAUCAGGUCCAAAAUCUAUCGCUCGCAAUCUCCUCACUAUUUCCGGACAGGCCGAAAUGAAGGAUCGUCGCUGAAGAAAGAGGAUGGCAAAGGAGAGGAUCUGAAAGGAUCUGGCUCCCUCUCCCAAAACAGCAGCUGCUCUGGCACGGGGAGGACCUCGGAAGGCGACUGCAGUCCAGAGGAGAGAAACUCCGUCACUGCGAAACUUCUCCUGGAGAAGAUUCAAUCCAGGAAGGUUGAGAAGAAGCCCUGUGUUGCUGACGAGGUGCUGGCAGGGGCGAACAAGGUGGGCAUAAAGCUCAAAGAUCCUCCCCAGGGAUACUUCGGCCCCAAACUUCCUCCUUCCUUAGGCAACAAACCGGUUCUCCCCUUAAUUGGGAAACUGCCAACCGUUCGAAAACCAAACUCCAAAAGAUAUGAAGACUCUGGCUUGGAGAGGGGUGAGGACCAAGAGCUGUCGGAUUCCGAGGACGUUUCCCAAGGCAUCGAGGAGGGUCCGUUGGCCGGCCAGUCCCUCCUGGACGAAGUGGUGAUGGUCAUUCAGGACAAACCUCUGGAUGAGCAGAAACGCGAUGAACCUGCUGUGGAAAUGCCGUCCAUUCCCCUCGAAGCGCCGGCGCUCCCCGAGUGCUUUGGUUCUGGAGAGCUGGUCAUGCCGCACAACUUCCUCUCGGAUCCGAGCGAUGGCGAUGGGCUAGAACCUAUGGACAGGGGCAACCAGCCGGUCCCGGUGGAAACCAGUAUGAUGCCCUUAGUUCCGGAUGUCGAGCACUUUUCUGGCUACGUGCCUCAGAGCGGGGAGCCGAGCAUCGAAGGGGAUCGGGAAGGAGGAGAAGACUCCUCUCUAGCCCCGCUCGAAAGCCAGCCCAUCACUUUUACGCCCGAAGAAAUGGAGAAAUACAGCAAGCUGCAGCAAGCUGCUCAGCAGCACAUUCAGCAGCAGCUUCUGGCAAAGCAGGUCAAGGCUUUUCCAGCCUCGGCGACCCUGGCGCCGGCGGCGCCUGCCCUGCAGCCCAUCCACAUCCAGCAGCCGGCGGCGGCCUCUGCCACCUCCAUCACCACGGUGCAGCACGCCAUCCUGCAGCACCACGCCGCCGCGGCCGCCGCCGCCAUCGGCAUCCACCCUCACCCCCACCCCCAGCCCCUCGCUCAGGUUCAUCAUAUACCCCAGCCCCACUUGACGCCCAUUUCCUUAUCCCACUUGACCCACUCCAUUAUUCCAGGGCAUCCUGCUACGUUUCUAGCCAGCCACCCCAUCCACAUCAUUCCGGCGUCAGCCAUCCAUCCGGGCCCCUUUACUUUCCAUCCGGUUCCUCACGCUCUUUAUCCGACCCUUCUCGCCCCGAGACCCGCUGCCGCCGCGGCCGCUACGGCGUUACACCUCCACCCUUUGCUGCACCCCAUUUUCUCAGGACAGGACUUGCAGCACCCACCCAGUCACGGCACAUGAAGGACAAAAUGAAGUAACCUCGGAGGAAGGAGAAUAUUUUUUUGCGGUUUUGGGAAGGGGUUGAAGUUGUUGAUCCAGCUUGGCAGGGGGGUGGCCGGAGAAUUUCCUUUCGCUCUUUCGCAGCCAAAGAAGCCGAAGGCUCGAGGGCUGGGUGGCGGCAGGUGGGUUCGUGAGCGUUGUGUGUAUCCACGAGCGGGGACUGUCGGGCGUCCCCCACACCUCCGUGCGUGCGGCAGCACCGUUCCCUGGAAGAAUCAUUUCACGUGUAGAGCAGCGAGACACUUGAAAAGGAUUUUUUUUUUUUAAUUUUUUUUUUUUUCCCCCCUCCCCAGAUUCUUACACUUGGUCAUCUUCCUUCUGCUGCCUUGUAUCUGAUAAAUGAGAUUUCAUACACGCUAAUAGGUCUCUCAGAAUCCUUUUAAUGAGGUCAUCUAAUUAAAAUAGUCGGCAUGAUUGACUCCGGUUUGUAAUCAGUGAUAAAACGUUGGGUAACUGACAGCUGGGGAUCCUGGCGAGGAGACCGACGGAAGGGCACCGCCGCUUUCGUUUCGGCUGGGCCGCUACCACUUUUCAGGCAUUACGGGAGACUUCUUGGCACCCCAGCCCUGCGUACUUGGGGGUUUUUUGUUGGUGGUUUUUUUUUUUUUUUUUUGGUUUUGUUUUUUUUUCCCCUGGGUGUGAACGGCGAAGGUGGAAGUAAGACCUUAAAGGCAAAGAGAGGAGCUGCGCCUGUGCCCGGAGCUCCGACCCUUCUCCAUCCUUCUCCCGCGCGGGGGCUGCGCCCUGACGCCUUCUGGAUGCCCUGGACUGCCGCGAGGUUCCCGCUUUGGUUGGGGAUUUCAAUCCGGGCUCUGACCACCCCUCUCCGGAGAGAGAGAGAGAGGGGGUGGGGGGAAAAAAAAAAUAAUAAAUAACAUCACCCUGACUUCCAUCUUUUGCAGUGUUGGGAUAGAGGCACUCGGAUGAGAGAGAGAAGAAAAAUCCCCGUAGGAAUUGAAGCAAUACAGAGGACUGGGGGGAAUGGCGGGGGUAUGUAAAGUCUGUUCUUUCCUCUGUAAUACCCAUGGUUUCCUUUUUAAUUUAUAGGAAUUUAUUUUUUUUUUUUAAUGUAAAGAAUUGCACUGAACUCUGUAAACAAAGAUGCUGCUUUUUGUAGCUCGUAUAAAACAAACAAACGAGAAAAGGAAAAAAAAAAAAAACACAAAAGGAAAAAAGAAAAAAAGGUUACAUUUGUAGUAUACCGCAAUAAUAUUUUUUACAGCCCGUUCUUUUAGUGGUACUUGUUCUGGUGGCUUUUGUGUAAAUAUGUUUUGCCGUAGGUGAAAUAAGACACAUGUAAAGGUUCAACUUUAUAGUUUCAGCUAGAUGCAAACCGACUAAGCAUGUAUAUUUUACCGAGCUCAUGUAUUUUUUCGAAGUUUUUAUGUACUAUAAAGUGUAAAAAAAAAAAAAAAAAAAAAAUCAUCUGGCAUUUUGCAGAAAGGAAAAAAAAAAUAAAUAAAUAAUGAGGUGAGGUGUGCGGGCGAGACACGGGUGAGUCUAACGGCUAACGAAGGGCGGGGAGCAGCCCGGCCGUGCUGCUGCUCGUGGGAUCCGACGCUGGAGGAGGAGCCUCGGGAAUGUUGGGAAUUUGGGUUGUCUCCCCCGAGUAUAAAACAUCCCCCCGCUUUUUUUUCUUUGCAAUUUUUCUUUUUUUUCCCCUCCCACCCCGGCUCUGAGGCCGUGUCCGGGAGGUGCCGCAUGGGCUGUGCCCUUCCCAGAUAUUCCAUAUAUCCGCCAGAAUACCUCCUGGCGAAGGAAAAGCCUUGUCACCGCCACCCAGCGCCGCUUCCACCCGGGGAGAGGUGGCUUUGGACUAAUCCCUGGGGGCUGUGCCUGCCCGUGGUCUUCCGGAAGGGAUUUCUCUGGGUUUUUUUCCGGCAUUGUCCGCUGGCUGCAGAUAACACUAACCAGGGGGGUGCUUCUUCACCCGUGGGGGGGCUUCUCCACGUCCCCGCAGGACGAGGUGCUGCCGUCCCCUGGGUAUUUCGCAUUAAGGUCCUUUUUGUCUUAGAGCGGUUUGGGGUGUUGGUAGGGACGGAUUUGGGAGCAGACAGACCCCCACCACCACCCCGUGACCCGCUGCAGCAGGGGGGAGGGCAGCGAGGGGACACGCAGCACCCGCUAUCCCGCCUGCUGUCCCCAUCCCUGUCCCCUCCCGCGGCACCGAGCCCUGUUGUGGAGCAGGGGGGGCAGAGAUUCAAAAAGACGGGAAAACCUGAACUUCCUCACUCCUCGAACGGGGGAGCUUUCGCCUUCGGGCAGGUGGGAUGGAAACGUGAGGGUUGGAAAAUUAAAAAAAAAUUAAAAAAUAAUAAAAAAAAAAGGGACUCAAUUUCUCUGUAAAUAAUUAACGGAAUACAGUAUUAAUGUCUCGAUGCUGAGCUUCGUUAGCUUCUAGAUCCGAUAUUGCGUGUUCUGGCACCCUUCACGCUGCGGUCGGGGGGGUUUUUUUUUUGCCUUCCAGACUAGUGCUAAAAAUAAUUAACCUGUCAUUACUUAACGAGCAUAAACAGACUGUAUUUAACUUUGUCACAUAAGAUAUAUAUAUAAAUAUAUAUAUAUGCUGUAAAAUGAGGGGGAAAAGAAAACCUUUCUAAUAAACCAAUG